AUGAAAUCAUUUCCUACUAUAUUAUCAACCAUGGAUCAAACUGUUGAAUUAGAAACAUCAAAAGGAACUACUGAGUUACAAGUGAAAUCAGAUACAUUAAUCCCCCAUCAUGAAAUUAAAUCAAAUCAGGGGAAAAUCAGUAUUUGUGAAUUCCUUGCUGAUUUAAUAAUCGAUUCAUAUUUAAUUUUCUUUUCCCUUGUAUUUUAUGUAUUUGUUGUCAAUCCAAAUAGUAACAUACCUCAAGAGAUGAGUUCUGAUUUAGUUCUGGUUUCUAAUAUUAUUUUAUUGCUCACUAUUGAUCGAUUACUUCAUCAUUUAACUCAAUACUUUGGCAUUUAUUCAAGAAAACCAACUUGGAUAUAUAGAUCUGAUAGACUUACCUUCUUAUCUCAUUUGAUUAGUUUUAAAGUUGUAUCCCUUAUUUAG